UGUCAAUUGUCUCGCAUUGACUGAUAUCAACAGAAAAGAUGGCGGACUUUGAAAACGAUUACUUAAUUGAUGGCAAAUCUCUGUAUUCUCUUCGUGUGAUCGACUUGAAGGAAGUGCUGACCAAACGGGACGUCCCCUACAAGAAGAAUGCAACCAAAGCCCAACUCCAGGCUCUCGUCAUUCAGUAUUUGAAUGAAGCGAAUGAAGAGAAGUCCAGCGAAGACACCAUACAAUCGGAGGAAACCAAUGAAUCGAUUGGUGGCGCGAAUGACAUCCCAAAGAGUGAUGACAUCAAUAAUGAACAGAAUUUAUGUCCACAACAGACGGAAGCGACGGAUUUGAGUCAAGACGCGGGCAUCACAUCAUCGGUCUCUUUCGGUGACAAGCAUUCAAUCAAAUUAACCAUUAAAUUACAGCCAAAUGAGAGCCCAAACAGACAGUUGAGUCCCAAGAAGUCGCCGGUCAAAGAGAUGAGGUCUCCAGGCGUUGACUCUUUCAAUGCUGUUAGCGAUGCGGUUAGAUCUCCGAUGGCGGACUUUGAAAACGAUUACUUAAUUGAUGGCAAAUCUCUGUAUUCUCUUCGUGUGAUCGACUUGAAGGAAGUGCUGACCAAACGGGACGUCCCCUACAAGAAGAAUGCAACCAAAGCCCAACUCCAGGCUCUCGUCAUUCAGUAUUUGAAUGAAGCGAAUGAAGAGAAGUCCAGCGAAGACACCAUACAAUCGGAGGAAACCAAUGAAUCGAUUGGUGGCGCGAAUGACAUCCCAAAGAGUGAUGACAUCAAUAAUGAACAGAAUUUAUGUCCACAACAGACGGAAGCGACGGAUUUGAGUCAAGACGCGGGCAUCACAUCAUCGGUCUCUUUCGGUGACAAGCAUUCAAUCAAAUUAACCAUUAAAUUACAGCCAAAUGAGAGCCCAAACAGACAGUUGAGUCCCAAGAAGUCGCCGGUCAAAGAGAUGAGGUCUCCAGGCGUUGACUCUUUCAAUGCUGUUAGCGAUGCGGUUAGAUCUCCGGUCAGAUCUCCCGUGAAGUCUCCGGUGACGGACACACAUAUAAAGUCGCCGAAACAAACUCCAGAAGUGAUUAAACAAGUUUUACCAGAAGUUGUCACUGAAAUACCGGCUCCAGUGGAGCCCAAAUCGGUGCCAUUGGCUGAAGUGUGCGAACAAACGGCUCCCGUAGUCGUCUCCCAAGUGUUAGCACAACAAGACAUCGUCUCAUCAGAAAAACCCAAACAAAUCAUCGAAGAAAUCGUGAAACCCUCUAAAGGGAAAGAAUUUGCAAAUACGGACUCAUCCGGGACUAAGAAUUCAUCACCAAAUGAUUCCACAGAUUCAACACAAAAAUCUACAGAAUUAGUGACUAAAUCACAAGAAUUACCAGAAGAUAAUUCAGCCAUUUCUAAGGACACCAGUAGUGAUAGCACUAGAAAAGAAACGCCAGUCGUUAGUCCUGUCAAAGAGAGACGAACUGUGAGUCCUGUUAAAGAGACUCGAGUUGUGAGUUCUAUCAAAGAGACACGAAAUAGAAGUCCUGUCAAAGAGAGACGAAGUGUAAGUCCUGUCAAAGAGACGCCAGUCGUGAGUCCUAUCAAAGAGACACGAACUGUAAGUCCUGUCAAAGAGACUCGAGUUGUGAGUCCUGUAAAAGAAACACCAGCUGUGAGUUCUAUUAAAGAGUCUCCAGUUGUUGAGCCGAUUGUGAAACAAACGGAUAAGAAAAGUGAACGUUUAGACGAAACUGAGAGUAAAGUCCCGGAAACGGAUCAAAGAAGAAAAAGUCCCGAAAAGGCGAGACCUCCGCGAAGGAGGCGUUGGGGCGGAGCCGUCACUAAUGAGACGCAACAAAACACACCAAAAGGUAUAUCAAGUGAUCAGAUCAAGGAAAUGAUCUCUGAUUUGGACUCAAUGAGUGCCACUUCGGGUGCCGACAGUUCGAGCGCAUCAAAGGUGAGUAAAUCCGAUACAAGUAUUGUUGUUACGAGUAGUCUCUCUCGAACUCAAACAACCGCUACAACCAAUGAAAUGCCCGCAAAACGUGACAUUCGUGUUGUCAGGAAAUCAGUUUCUGUUCCAGAAGAUGAACAGAUCCCUAAAGAGUCGGUCAAACCACCGGUUAUCCAACCCGUUGUCGAACAUAAGAAGCCUAUUGUAGCGGAAGUGGUUGAACGCAAAAGUGAAGAACAGUUGGACGAGAAGCGAGAGUCGAGUCCCGCCAAAAACACGGCCACAGAAGUGGUGUUCAUCCGAAACCUC